AUGAAUCAAACAGCUAACACGUUCACAAUAAAUGAGACCAAAUGUUACUUGGCAUCUGAAGUCACUUAUCAUCCUUUCUAUCGUUUUGCACAAUUCUGGACAUUUUUUGUCUCGUUACUUGCUAUUCCGACACUCUUAUAUUUUUUGGUGAAGAAAAUAUGUGUUCUUCGAUUCCAUGGAAACAUCAAAUUCAUGCUGAUCUGCUAUUUCUUUUCGUCUUUUUUAUUUGCAGCGGUAGUAAUGCUGGACUUUGGAUACCACUUUUUUAUUCCAUUUUUCGUUUCCUCAAAAUGUCAAUUGAUACUUGACUCAACUCUUUUCAAAACUGGACAUCUAACAAUGACUUUGUUUAUGACAAUACCAAUGUUACUACCUAUCGGAUUCUCGAUUGAAAGAUUUGUUGCACUUGGAAUGGCUCGAAGUUAUGAAAACGUCCGAACUCUACUAGGUCCUGUGCUCGUUGCAGUUUUGAUAUUAUCAGAUGUGAACCUCAUUUACAAUGUAUUUAAAAACGAAAAAUUCGAUGAUCCGUUCAUUUCGUUCAUAUUGAUCCCAGCCACUUCAGCUGCCCAGUUCAACAACUUUUUUUGGUUUCUUCUUCAUGUCGAAAUCACGAAUUUCUUCUGCAACUGUAUUCUAUUGUUAGUUCAUAGUCGCCUGAAAAACAAAUUCCUCCGCCAGAGAAGAACAUUGUCUGUUAGAUACGAAUUGGAAGAAAUCUCCCAAUCAUCGCAGUUUACUCUGAUUGUUAGUUUCACUCAUCUAUUGUUCGUUGGCUGGUAUCUUAUCGCUAUAAUAUAUGUUCGUACCGUUGGGCAGGACUUUUUUGGUGGAUACGUGCCGUAUACAGUGGCGAGAGGAGUCUAUUGUGCAGUGCCCACCUACAAUCUUAUCAUAGUUUUUGUUGGAAUCAAAUCCCUUCGAAUGAUGAAUCUGCGUAGACAAAACAAAGUGCAGUCAACAGUCCAAAUGAAGACAACAGGGACAGAAGGUGCCAAAAACUACGAAAUAGCUAUUUCGACUUAUUGGAGUUCGGUUUCUAGUGGUAUAAAUGCAGUUAAUGCUUAA